AUGCUAAGUGAUCCCAUUUCGGUUGUCGAGGAUUGUCGUGAGGAUUUCGACCUGUUUUCGUUCAUCCGGAUUUUGAGGGAAAGAGCCAAACCCACUCCCAACCCACUCUUUACUCAUCCACCCACUCCACCAGCCAAACCCACUCCCAACCCACUCUUUACUCAUCCACCCACUCCACCAGCCAAACCCACUCCAAACCCACUCUUUACUCCACCCAAACCCACUCCCAACCCACGCUUUACUCCUCCACCCACUCCACCAACCAAACCCACUCCCAACCCACUCUGUACUCAUCCACCCACUCCACCAGCCAAACCCACUCCCAACCCACUCUUUACUCCUCCACCCACUCCACCAGCCAAACCCACUCCCAACCCACUCUGUACUCAUCCACCCACUCCACCAGCCAAACCCACUCCCAACCCACGCUUUACUCCUCCACCCACUCCACCAGCCAAACCCACUCCCAACCCACGCUUUACUCCUCCACCCACUCCACCAACCAAACCCACUCCCAACCCACUCUGUACUCAUCCACCCACUCCACCAGCCAAACCCACUCCCAACCCACUCUGUACUCAUCCACCCACUCCACCAGCCAAACCCACUCCCAACCCACGCUUUACUCCUCCACCCACUCCACCAGCCAAACCCACUCCCAACCCACUCUGUACUCCUCCACCCACUCCACCAGCCAAACCCACUCCCAACCCACUCUUUACUCAUCCACCCACUCCACCAGCCAAACCCACUCCCAACCCACUCUUUACUCCACCCAAACCCACUCCCAACCCACUCUUUACUCCACCCAAACCCACUCCCAACCCACUCUUUACUCCUCCACCCACUCCUCUCGCCAAACGGGACUCCAGCUCCAACAUUACUCACUCGUGUAGUGAUUUUUAUGGUAUUUUUGUGGUACUGACUCCUGACAUUUGUGGCAUUCUCAUGGCACUGUUACUUAAAAGUGAUGGGGGAUUGAAAAGAAAUCCACAAAACCCCAUUGCAGAGGGAGACACAUCCUGUUGCAAGGUCAGAGCGCAGCUGCAAGGUCACAAGGCAGAGUGUCUCCCUCGAGGUUGCAGAGCGUCCCAAGUGCAAGGAGACUACAGCUCACACAGCCUUUUGCAACAUUUCAACGAACAGCUUGUUGCUUUUUAG